AUGCAGGGGGAGGCCCAAGUUCUGAAAGAAUUUCAUGGCAUUCGUACCUAUGGGAUUCGGAGCAACAAUGUCAGUGAAAGUGAAAACUCUCGUCUCCGCGGAAUGCUCGCCACGAAUGACCACCCGUUGGGAUUUCUCCAGAAGGUCAAUGGAAGACCAUGUCAACAUGCAAUCGCCGCAUUCCAGGCAUACAACCAAAGAUUGGCGAAGCCACAUGAAGAUAUGGUCCGGCAGUUGUACGAUGAUAUAUGGUUGACAGACACUUUUCUCGACGCCGUGUUACACUCAGGCACAUUCCGUAUUGGAUAUUCCCCACACAAUGAUGAUGUCCCCCGCCCGCAACACACAGACAAGUCUUAUCUUCCUCCGCCCAGCAAGGCUCCCUGUCCUGGCUCCCUCCCUGGUCGCAUUCCAUCACAUGGGGAAAAAGGCAAGAAAAUCUCCAAGAGACAAGGAUCCAAAAGAAAGCGUGUCCAUGAUUGUAAACAAGUGAUCCUUCGCAACGAAGAAGGAACGAUCCGACUCCAUGGGGAAGCAGUGCCAGGGUUUGUGGAUGGCAAAUUUUACACUGUGAAAGGAAAUUUGAAGAAGACAUGUAAGAUAUGCAAAGCUAUCGGACAUAACAAACGUUCGUGCACAUCAGACACUGCUGACAUUCCUUGUGAGUCCCAUGUAUCCAGCAGAACCCAGAAGAAUCUUCGAGCUUCUGGUACUUCAGUAGGAGUGCAGACAGAUGCGGAGGAGAACCAGAUAACAGCUGGAAAUGACGGGAUGCCCAAAGUACAAUGCGCAUAUCUGAGAGAAAUAUUCAUUGGGCUGGAUACAGUAGUGGUGAACCAAGUCAAGAACAUGGUCUCGUUGGGCACACACAUGAUUUCCCAGUCGGACAUUACAUUGGAAGACUUGGAUGCAGCCCGCAAGGCAUCAGGAAUCAGUGUGCAUUGCUGUGGGACAUACUUUUACACCAAGUUGAUUCAGGAAAUCGCUCUCUGUGGAGAUGCAGAUAAGGUGACAAAUUCCGUACACGCGGGUUGCCGGAAGUGGAUCAAGGAUAUAUGGGUGGAAGGUAACGAUACAACCAGCGAACUCCCAACCAUGGAGAGGAUGGGAGGAGUACUCAGAGAUCAGAAGCAUUGGGGCCUCGUUACCAUUGAUCUGAGAUCCAUUGGUCAUGUGGCAGUGACGUUAUAUGACUCCAUGAAACUCGUGCACAAGGAGUGUACCAAGGACAUAGCAUGUUUUGUAGAGAUGGAAUGGCAGCGUCAACUGAAUGAAGCUCAAUCUACCGGAAACCAGCUAUUGGAAGCAUGGAUGCAAGACAAACUGAGGGUUAAAUGGCAACACGUGUACUCGUUUACGUCAGAUCUGGUACCGCGACAGACAGACGGAUCGUCGUGCGGAGUAUUUGUAUGUGCGAUAGCGGAUUGUAUAGCUUCGGGCCGCAACCCAGCAACGAGUUUUUGUCAGAAGGAUAUACCUGACAUUCGCAUGCGAAUAGGCAAUCUGCUGAGUGAAGUGUAUCGUGCCGGUGGCGGAGCAAGUAUAAAGUGA